AGUGCAGCGUCCAAAUUGCUGCUAGCUGUGAUGGAAUCACGCCACGAUGUGGAUAACGCUGAACGCGUACUUAUGAACAUGAAUCAUAUGACAAGUGGGCCGAAACAACUGGUGGAAGCAAUCAAAAUGGCGUACGAAAUGGCGGAAUCAAAGCAAUUUGCUAUAUCAAAAAUACGACGAGAUUUCGAGACAAGCUGUUCUACAGCUAAAUCAAAGCCUAAAACGAAUGCGCCAGAUAUCACUGUGCAGGAUAACUUUAUCGGUUCAUAUCCUUCUUCGACAUCUUCAAGUAUCGUGGAUCCGCGCGAAGUUGGCCAUAAUAUUUUCAUCCUUGCCUCGCAACUUUCGCGGCACAAUGAAGAGCUUCGCAUGGCACUAGAGCCGGAAAAUCAUAAAGAUGCGAUGACGUCGCAAGCUCUCUCCUAUUACAAGCAGCACACUGCACAAAUUGAGAUAGUUCGAUGUGAUCGUAAAAUCGAGAGAGUCGUCUUUCCUAUCCAUACAAUUUGUAAGUAUCUUACUCCAGAAACAAAGCUCAGCAUUUUGUUGGAAACCGAACAGGAUGCUCAAGGAUCUAAGAUAGGAAGUAUCUCAGUAACUGUACAAAGCGCCUAA